ACUGGUCCCUACUAAUCAGUACCUGCAUAAUGCUCAGCAUCUUUCCUUUUCCUCUUCUAAAACAAGAAUUACCACGACUCGAGUCACCCAUCAUCUUCAUUGGCUGACUGUUUACAAGCUAUGUUUCGACAGAAGCCAUCCGGGUUGGAAGCAUUGCUCCACCGCCCACGUCCAUCUGUCUUGCAACUCUUCUUACAAAACCCUUGUACCUUUCUAUCUAGCAGGCUAUAUUCCCAGCGGCGCCUAGCUAUCACAGACACACCUCGAGAUGAUCUUGUGUCCGUGGUAUGCAUUUCAGACACGCACAAUACCCGGUGCUCCAUUCCGCGAGGCGACAUUCUCAUCCACGCCGGUGACCUUACCCAAUCAGGCACCCUUGCAGAGCUCCAGGCUGCCAUCACAUGGUUGAGGCAACAGCCGCACCCUAUCAAAAUCGUCAUUGCUGGCAAUCACGAUCUUAUACUGGACGUUGAUAAGGACGAACAAAGUGGCAAUACCCCGGCCAUACGUGAGCAGAUCGACUGGGGAGACAUCUUGUAUCUCCAGGACACCUCGGCAACGAUCACGUGCCCAAAUGGCCGCCGCCUCAACGUCUUCGGUAGCCCUCGGUCAAGACGUCACGGCAACUGGGCAUUUCAAUACCCCAGGGAGGCAGAUGUCUGGAAGGGCCUGGUACCCGACAACACCGAUAUUCUUAUUACUCACGGACCCCCACGCGCCCAUCUAGAUCUGACAACACUCGGUUGCAAUUACCUGCUUCGAGAAUUAUGGCGCGUACAUCCUUCCUUGCACGUCUUCGGUCAUGUUCAUGAAGGGUACGGGCAUGAAUGGGCGCACUUCGACGAGCUUCAGUACGCCUACGAAAGAGCUAUUUUGGAUGGUGGUGGUAUUUGGAAUCUCUUCUGUGUGCUUGGUGCCGUCAUCCGCACCCUGUUCCGUUUAACUCCAACCCUUGCUUGCCAGCUGGUGAACGCUAGUAUAGUUGGAGGACUACGCGACGACGCCUGCCGUAGGCCUAUUAGAAUCUACAUCUAACAUGCUCCCUUCAUAUUCUCAGGUCAUGGCCGUGCUGCCCGUUUUUCUGUACCCGUCAAUCCGUACAUGCGAGCGGCUGAUCCGACCUUAAGUUAAACAAAGAGGAUAUGGGGCUCCUCGCAGACAAUAUUCUUGGCCAGAAAUUGUUCACUCCACGUCUCUCUCGCGGGCUCACCACCGUCCAGCCCCGGUAAUAUAAGCCUCU